GAAAACCGAAUUCAAAUCAAAGGCAAUGGAUGACGAUAUAAUCGACGCCAACUGUGAUCCGAAAAACCCGCAAGGUAUAAGUAUUGAAGACAUCACAACUGCAGAUUUUCUCCUGAUGGAUACAGUGGUGAAAACACCAUGCACGCGUGCUGUGAAUGGCUCUGCGUACAAUAUGGAUUUGUAUUUUAAGAAAGAGUUUAUGCAGCCAACAGGCAGUUUUAAGGAACGUGGCGCACGCUUUGCCUUACUUCUACUCUCCGAUAGGCAGAAGCAAAUUGGUGUAAUAACCGCAUCUACCGGAAAUCAUGCUUUGGCCUUAAGCUAUCAUGGAAAUCAACUGAAUAUACCAGUCACUGUAGUAUUGCCCAUCUACACAUCGCCUUGGAAAAUUGAAAAAUGCCGCGCAUAUAAUGCAACUGUUAUUACCGAAGGUCUCGACAUUAGUGAGUCCAGAGUGGUUGCAUUAGUUUUUGCUAAAGAACGUCAAUUGGAGUACAUCAACGGUUAUGACCAUCCAAAUGUGAUUGCUGGUUGUGGCACAAUUGGCUUGGAAAUGCUAAUGCAAGUACCUAAAAUCGAUGCUGUUAUUGUGCCUGUUGGUGGCGGUGGACUUAUAGCAGGACUUGCCACAACACUUAAGAUGGCAUCACCAAAUACUAAAAUUAUUGGUGUCGAAUCAGAGAAAUGCCCAAGCUUUGCGCGUGCGCUGGAGAAUGAGUCGCCCAUUUAUGUGGCGCCGAACAACUCACUAGCUGAGAGUUUGUUGGUGCCAAAAGCGGGUUGUAAUGCUUAUACUAUGGCGGCCCCUUUUAUCGAUAAGUUAGUGGUAGUACGUGAGGCUUGGGUGGCACUAGCGAUGCUACGGUUGGUAGUAGAAGAGGAGUGUGUUGUUGAAGGCGCUGCUGCUGUGGGCUUGGCAGCAAUACUAGCUGGACAAUUGAAUGAGUUGCAAAUGCAAAGAGUGAUUGUGCUACUUACUGGUUGCAAUACGUCUCCACCUGCGCUUGGAUGCGCUCUUGAACAGGGCUUGGCUGCUGAACGUCGUCUAUUCGAGGAUGAUUGUGAUGACAACGAUCCAGUGACCGACUUAGAUGAACUUUUUGAAAAACUUUAUAAGCUUGGUUUAACACUUAGUGAUGUAGUAGCUGAGACGGUGUGGUUGAAGUCAGUUUAUAAGAAGAAAAUGGCUAAGAUAAAAAAGCAGCCAAAAGAAAUGACACAAGAAGAAGCAAAACGAGGUACACCAGAACAGAGUCAUGCAGUGGCAAGGGAAGAUAUGCGAAAAGUGACUGAAGAAGGCAUACCAAAGCCGACAUCAGAGUACACGCAUCACGUCAUUCAACAAAAGGUGCAAGAGCAGACUCAAAUUUUAUGGAAGCAUAAAAAGUCAUCAACAUCAAAACGAAAAGCGAUAUCGAAAAAGCACUUCAUGUAAUGCGAA